CCUAACUUCCAUCCCUCCCCCUCCAGUAUACGGGUGUGGGACGUGCGUGCAGCCCCCAGCAAGGCCUGCAUGAUCACACGUACAGACGCACACACCAGCGACAUCAACGUGCUGCAUUGGAACCGCUGUGAACCGUUCCUGGUGUCCGGCGGCGAUGACGGGUGUGUGCGGGUGUGGGACCUCCGGAAUAUGCAGGGUGGCAGUGGUGCUGUGGCAGAGCUGAAGCACCACUCAGCGCCGGUCAGCACCGUGGAGUGGCACCCCAGCGAGGGUUCCGUGCUGGCCAGCGGGGGGGAGGACGACGCCAUCUUGCAGUGGGACUUGGCUGUGGAGAGGGAGGCAGCCGAGGAGGGGGAGCAGCUGCUGUUCGUGCACCGCGGUCAGCAGGAGGUGAAGGAGUUACACUGGCACCCUCAGAUCCCCGGCCUGCUGGUGUCCACGGCUCACAGCGGCUUCAAUAUCUUUAAGACCAUCAGCUGCUGAGAUUUCUCUGCACCGCAGCCGCGCGUCCUCGUCAACUCGUGCAGCUCUUCCCGAACGCCUCCCGCGUCUUGGGAGUCUUUCUGGUCCGCGGCAGCAGAGUGCUUUCUUAAUCUUUCCAGGAAGCAGCCCACACUACUACCACCACCACCACCACCACCAGGGCAGCCCCGUCCCUGAGCCAAAUGUCCCCCUGGCUGGUGGCUGACCCCCCUCCCCCCCACCACCUUCAAUCCCCCCAAGAUGUGUAAUGUCAUCACCACUGAGCCGUGAUUGGACAGGAGGGCACAUGAGGCAACUGAUUGGCCGACUGAAAGGCCAGGAGGGCCGUGAUUGGCCCUCCUGGAGGAAAGGUUUAUGGUAGUUUUUUUGAGGUUUUUGACUGGUUGACACACACACACACACACACACACACACACACACACACACACACACACACACUUGAGCAACAGACAAACAAACAAACAAACACAAACAAGAACAUUCCAGUAAAUCAUUCAUCUCAUUAUGAAAAUAGUGUCACUAUUAUUAUUAUUAUUAUUAUUAUUAUUAUUAUUAUUAUUAUUAUUAUUAUUAUUGGUUUUAUUGUACUUAAGUAACUUAGCUCAUUAUUUUUAUAAAUUUUUGACUGACUGUGUGUGUGUGUGAGAGAGAGAGAGAGAUUGACUGACUAACCAAAUAUAAACAUUCUUUGCGCACACACACACACACACACACACACACACACACACUAGAAAGGAUCCAAAGAGCUGCAGCCAAACUGGUGCCAAGCUUGAGAGAUUAAACCUAUGAAGAAAGAUUAAGGAGACUGAAGCUUGCAUCAUUACCAGAGAGAAGAGAAAGAGGGGAGCUGAUUGCUAUAUACAGAGCUUUAAAGUCAAGUUGACAAAGAAGACUUAUUUGUGUGGGACUCAACACAUACAAGAGCACAUGGAGUGAAAUUGAGGAAAACACCAAGUAGAAGAGAUGUCAAGAAAUAUGGUUUCCCAAACACAAGCACAGAAAUAUGGAACAACUUAGAUGAAACACUGGUACAAGCAACUAAUAUUCAUGGAUUUAAAGUUAAGCUGGAUGCUUAUAGGUAUGGUGACACACACACACACACACACACACACACUGGAUGCUUAUAGAUAUGGUGACAGGACAGCACGAGCACAGCUCUUUUCCUGUAAAACACAACUAGGUAAACAUACACACACACAUCUUUUCCAAUUCUUUCUUUAUUAUUAUUUUAAAGAGUCUCUCUCUCUCUCUCUCUCUCUCUCUCUCUGCCAAAAUGUGUGUGCAAUAUAUUGUUUUAUCUUUUGUGUAUGUGUCUAUCUGUCUAUUAAUUUUUUAUUUAUUUAUUCUUUUCUUUUCCUUUAUUUUUGUGUUCUUUAUUACCUUUCAUUUUCAUUCAUGUAUUUUUUUUACUUAUUUUCAUUUAUCUAUUUAUUUCCUUCCUCUUUCAUUUAUUUAUUUUUUUAUCCAUUUAUUCGUUUUCAUUCCUCUUUAUUUACUUUUUUCACUUCAGUUUUUUUUUUCUUCUCCAUUCCUUGUUAUUUCCUUCAAUUAUCAACAUUUCAUCAUUAUUGUUAUUUGUUGUUUACAUGUUUUCUUUCAUUCCUCAUUGUUUUAUUUCUUUUAUUCUUCAUUUAUACAUAUUUGGAUUAUUAUUAUUAUUAUUAUUAUUAUUAUUAUUAUUAUUAUCAUCAUUAUUAUUAUUUUAUUCUUUUGCAUUUCCUUGUUCUUCCUGUUUAUCUAUUUUAUCUAUAUUCACAUUUAGGUCAUUAUUAAUUUUUAUUCUUUUGCAUUUCCUUGUUCUUCCUGUUUAUCCAUUAUAUUUCAGUUCUUCCAUUAUUAUUCCUUCAUUUCUUGUAGAUUUUUUAAUUUUUCCUUUAUUUUUCUAUAUCUUCCCCAUUUUCUUUGUAUUUUUUUUAAGUCCUUCCUGUAUUUCGUCCAUUUUCUUUAGUUGCUCCAUUUCUUGCUUCCUUCCCGUGUUCCCUCCUGCGGGUCUGUCAGAAGGUACUCGCCAAGGACAGAACAACAAAACAAACCAAACAACAACAACAACAACAAUAAUAAUAAUAAUGAUAUGUAGCAAUUUUUAUUAUUAUCUUUUUGGUGGUUAUUGUUGUUGUUGUUGUAUGUAUGUAUGUGUGUAUGUAUGGUUUGAAAUGGUUUUAUUUGGACUCUCUCUCUCUCUCUCUCUCUCUCUCCAUGCAUUUGUUAUCUUCUUUUAUUCUCUCUCUCUCAGUCCUACACACACACACACACACACACACACUGUAUCAUGUACAGCGUAUAUUUUCAUAAGUGGAUGCAUUUUAUAUAUAACAGCGAGUUAUAGUGGAGUUGUAAGUUAUUGGUGGUGUUAUUGUUGUUAUUCUUCUUCUAAGCCAAAUUGUUGAAGAAUAAGAAGAGUGAAUGGGUUUAGUUUUGAAUAAUUUUAAUAACAAUUUUCCAGCUUAUAUUUGAAGAAAAUGGAUGUUGUAAUAUAUUAUAAGAGUGAAGAAA